GCCGGUCACGCCGCACGGGCGGAGUUGGCGGCCAUUUUGUUUUGGAUACCAAGCGGCAGUUGGCGGCGCUGGCUGAGGUGGCAUAGACGAAAGGCAGGAAAGGGCAGGCCGGACGAGCGCGAGGAUCGGCCGGCUGGACGCCCACCCCACCGCCAGCGAGCAGCAGCCGCCGCUCCAGCAGCUCCCCCAACCGCCCACUAGCUAGCCCGACCGUCCACCGUCAACCCAGGCUCGGCUGGCCCCGCCGCCCGCCCGCCCGCCGCAGCCGUGGUGGCAGCCCCGGGAGGAGCGCUGGCGUCCGUCUCCUUCGAUUCUCGGGAUUUGAAGAUGGCUGCACAAUCAGCGCCGAAAGUUGUGCUAAAAAGCACCACCAAGAUGUCUCUAAAUGAGCGCUUUACUAAUAUGCUGAAGAACAAACAGCCGAUGCCAGUGAAUAUUCGAGCUUCGAUGCAGCAACAACAGCAGCUAGCCAGUGCCAGAAACAGAAGACUGGCCCAGCAGAUGGAGAAUAGACCCUCUGUCCAGGCAGCAUUAAAACUUAAGCAGACUUUAUAUGCAAGUCCGGACAGUGGCUGUGGAAGGAUAUGUUCAAGCUGUGGCUGGGCGUCUGGAGGGCGAUGCCAUGCAACUAAGAGCUUAAAGCAACGCCUGGGUAAGAGUAACAUCCAGGCACGUUUAGGCCGACCCAUAGGUGCCCUGGCCAGGGGAGCAAUUGGAGGACGAGGCCUGCCCAUAAUCCAGAGAGGCUUGCCCAGAGGAGGACUACGUGGGGGACGUGCCACCAGAACCCUACUUAGGGGCGGGAUGUCACUCCGAGGUCAAAACCUGCUCCGAGGUGGACGAGCCGUAGCUCCCCGAAUGGGCUUAAGAAGAGGUGGUGUUCGAGGCCGUGGAGGUCCUGGGAGAGGGGGCCUAGGGCGUGGAGCUAUGGGUCGUGGCGGAAUCGGUGGUAGAGGUCGGGGUAUGAUAGGUCGGGGAAGAGGGGGCUUUGGAGGCAGAGGCCGAGGUCGUGGCCGAGGGAGAGGUGCCCUCACUCGUCCUGUGUUGACCAAGGAGCAACUGGACAACCAAUUGGAUGCAUACAUGUCGAAAACUAAAGGACACCUGGAUGCUGAGUUGGACGCCUACAUGGCGCAGACAGAUCCUGAAACCAAUGAUUGAAGCCUGCCUGCCUGCCUGCCUGUGAGAAACUGUUAAAGUCAACACAUCUGUACAAUAACCUUGAGAAAACAUGAGAAGACACCUGAUUGAUGCUGGAAGGACCUACUGCCACAAUAGGCUGUGGACUUAACCUGCCACCAGUUGGUGCAUUUAGUUUGUUCUGUUUACUUUUUGAUACUGUGUUUUAUGAAACCCUAUUUUCCUUUAAUUUGGUUGAGUUUAUUUUGGUUGGCUGUUUGGUUUUUUUUUUUCCCCAGUGACCCAGACUUCUGUUUGAACAAGAAUGUGUUGGCCUUUUGGGUAGAACACUUCCAACCUCUUCCUUCCCUCACCUGUCAUGCUCUGACAUGCUAAUAUUUCCCAUGUUGAUCUCUGUGUCUCCACAAAACAGUCCCAGGAAGAAUAAGUGUUCUUCGCUAAUUAAUGCUUGGUUUCUGGGAUAGAAUUCUCCAUCUUUCUUAAAAGAUUCUUAGAAGUGUUAAAAUCUGGAGCUCAAAAAUGUAUCUGCUCUAUUCAUAGUGUAGGUAGUGAACUGGGAGUGUUGGUAUUGCCUCAGGUCCACAGUAGGUACACACGAUGGUGACUUGAUCAAAGUUGGGAGUGCCCUACAUUGACAGCACAUAAAUGGUAGCCUAGCAUGCUGGGUUGGAUAUGUAUGAUUGCAAAACUAAAAUAAGAUUAUUGAAGCUUUCCUUUUGGCUUUCUGUCAUGCCCAAGAGGUCUGUGCACCUCUAUGAGAGGGGAAGAAGCCUUUUGGUAUGGCGGAUGUGGCUGAAGGCACAAAGAUGGAAGAGCCGUGGCAUACCAGCUGCUGAGGAGGGUGUGGGCUGCUCAGGCAAGAGCAGUUGUCCUUGUUUGUCCAAACCCAGUUUUGGUCUAAUCCACUUAACUGGCUUUAUUUGGCCCUCUUUCCUCAAAGGUUUAAAUUCAACCAUAUUUUGUUGGCUGUUCCAGUUUCAGUGGACUCGUGUAUUUCUGGUUCAUUAUUAUAACAAAUUGUUCUCUGAAA